AUGCCUCUACCGGCAACUGAAGAAUUGUUCACCAUACGGCGUAGUUCGAGGCUUCGGCAGAGACUGAUAUCAUCUUCACGGCAUGUUGCACCAACAAAUGCGUCCUUAUCCAUUACAUCAACACCCACAGCAGGUGGUAUCCUACUCAAACUACCGCCCGAAAUUCGUGACAUGAUCUACGCUCUCCUCUUCUCUGCCGGCGAUCUUUCACUACUGCGCACCUGCCGGGGGAUCAAUACGGAAGCGCAGUCCAUGUUCUACCGAGCAGGCAUAUUCCGCCAAGAAGCUGGCUACUCUGCGGUAAAUCGACUUUACUACACAUCGUCACAGUUGCUGGCUCAGGACUUUGAGCUUCGAUGCAAUCUAGACUAUUACGUAGAAUUUACUACUAUCGAACCCGUUGUUAACUUCAGGCCUGCGUCGUAUUUCGUUCAUCGUGGCAUCUACCGAAACAAGUUGCUCAUCAAAUUGAACUUCGGCAUACUGUGUUCCUUAUCAGAGAUCAAGAGCGGUAUCACGAAGGUCCUUGAGCGGCCGAAAAGCUUUGUCGGGUUCCGGGUUCUGGUGGUCGAGUUGAUGCCGCGGCUUAUGAUUUUCGCCGACGAGGGCAGGAUCAGGCUGUUCGUGAAAAACAUACUGGAACCAAUUCUGGGUCCCGCAGUUGAACAUAAUGGGGAAAAUGGUCCAUAUAUCAAAUUCCGUCCCUGGAGUGCUGUGGGCCGUCAACAUCAUAUCUUGGAGCCGGUGUCGAUAACGUACGAUGUACUGAACAGGCAGAGAUUUUACACGCGCUUUCAUGAAGUGGACCGUCCGGCUGAUGAAAGCGAGGAGGAACAUGGGGGCGGUGAAGAAAUUGGUGAAGGAGAAGAGGUGAGUGGCGAGAAGAUGGGAGUGGGUACGAAUCAAUUAAACAGAGAAGGAAGCGCCGGUGAAAGGAUUGAAACAGAGGAAACAGAGGACGUCGGCCUUGCAAAGACAGCAGACAAGAAGGGUGGAGCGAUUAUGAACAUCCAAGUGCCGGACGACGACGGUUCCGAGUCAGACGACGACGGCCUAGAGCUGAAGAAUGAUUUAGGAGGUAGACUAGACGAAAGCUUCAUGAACAACGUCUUCAUUUCGUGGAGCCAGAACAAUGUUGCAAUGGGCGGCAAGAGAAUCACUCUGAGUCAACGUGAUAAAGUAGAUGGCAUCGAAACAUUUGACUUCCUCUACAUGUACUAA